AUGGAAUUCAAAUGCGAGAGGUUGAGGAGUUUCCCUCUGAUCAAUCUCUCUCUCAUUCGUAAGCUUGGAGCAGAAUUUGUAGGUACAUUCAUCAUGGUGUUUUCGGCAGUAGCAGCACCCAUUGUGAACCAAAAGCACAAUGGAGCAGAAACCCUGAUUGGCAAUGCAACAGCCGCGGGUCUGGCAGUGAUGGUGGUGAUAUUAUCCACCGGACACAUCUCCGGAGCACACCUAAACCCGUCGGCAUUCGCUUCGUUCCGGCACUUCCCGUGGUCGCAGGUUCCGGCUUACAUAGCAGUCCAGGUUUCGGCAUCCAUCUCCGCAUCUUUCGCUCUCAAAGCUGUUUUUCAUCCUUUCAUGUCAGGUGGAGUUACUGUUCCAACCGUAAGCUAUGGCCAAGCUUUUUCUCUAGAGUUCGUAAUCACCUUCAUUCUCAUGUUCACCAUCACAGCCGUCGCCACUGACACACGUGCGGUAGGGGAACUGGCGGGUAUAGCAAUUGGAGCUACAGUUUUGCUUAACAUUCUGGUGGCAGGGAACACAACUGGGGGUUCAAUGAAUCCAGUGAGAAGCCUGGGUCCAGCAAUAGCAGCUGGGAAUUAUAAAGGAUUGUGGAUAUACAUUGUGGCUCCAACUCUUGGGGCUUUAGCCGGUACAGCUGCCUACACAGCAGUCAAACUCCCUCAAAAACAUCCCAACCUCCAGGUUCGUGAUGAGCCUGAUGAUGGGGGUGAUUUGUGA